AUGCUUGGACGGAUAGCCCAAGCUGCACAACUGCCCAAAUUCAAUCGAAAGUUCAAGAAUAUUGGUGAAUCUCCUGGACUAUUGUUUUUGUCCAAGGAUAUUGUGCGCGAAUACGACGGUGUUCCAUCGUUAACCCGAAGUUCUGUUCGCGAAGCAAGCGAAACCAGCAGCUUCGAUCCAACCAUCUCAGCAACAGUUUGGUCCUAUACUUCUCCUUCAUACUCUCCAUCACCUGCAUCGGCGAAAAGCUCGUGGCCGAAUUCAGUCGGAUCAUCGUUUAGACUGACGAUGCUUCGUCUUGACGUGACGGGUGCCAUAGGAUACUUGAAUAUUCCCUAUUCGAGUUCGUCCGUUGGAAACCUAGACCACGAUAGAUUGCUUACUGAGAAGUUUCCGAAAAACUUGACCAAGCUUCCGCACGUUGGCCAAGGCAGAGGCUGUGUAACCGCCUCCGUUUUAUACGGAUCUUAUGUCGACAGGAGAAAGGCGUUGGCACUGCAAAAGGCCUGGACUCUCGAGUGUUCCAUGCGAAGCCUCUACAGUCGUUGA